UCGCACGCACACAGACACACGCACACGAACACUGACUCAGACACAGCCAUUCGUGUAUAUGUAAUUGAAGCGCCAAGUGCCAGUGUCCUAGAAAUUAAACAUACUCCUAGAAAUCAAAUCGAAUCGAAUCGAAUCGGAUAAUGGAAAAGUAAUUGGAGAGAAAGUUGAUAACGCAGUGGGAGUAGUAAGAGAAGAAAAGUGCAAGUGAAAAGUGCCUAUAAGAAGCAGAAAAUCAAACAACCACUCACGCACACACACGGACACACAUACAAAGGAAACGUCAUAUGCCAGAGGCAUUGACAGGAGCCACAUCCAGAGCCAGAGCCAGAGCCAAAGCAAAGAAACAACGGAGCAGUGUGGAAAAUCAUUUUGUGUAUCCUAUUUUGUGGGCUCAAACUCGAAGCAGGCAAGGCAAGACAAGGCAAGACAAGCGAGCGUCCGCGUCCGUGUCCAUGCCCGUGUCCUUUGCAAUAGCAGCCACCAGCAACAGAACAGACAACAACAAUAGCAAUUACAUCGUGUAGUUGCUAUAAUGAUAGAUUUCAAAAAUAAAUUGAGCAAAUUAUCGUAUAAAACGUGCCCCGCUUCGAAAUUCUAAAAAUACACACUCGCACAGCGCUACGCCAACGCCAACGCCAACGCUAACUUGUCGAACCUGAAGGAUAAGUGGUAGUCAUCGUCGAAGUGGAAGUCGAAGUCAAGGGUCCAAGUGCCGCAACCGACUUUAAAUUAUGCAUGCACAUUGAUUUUCUGACUGCGACGUUGUUGUUCCCGUCAUCCUCUACGUCCGCGUCGUCGUCGUCGUCGUCGUCCUCAUUACCGUCGUUGUCGUCGUCGUCGUCGUCGUUAUAUCCUCAUCAUCUUUAUCAUCAGCCUAUAUAGGCAAUCUGGUCUGUUGUCGCAUGUUAUCGUCGGAACUGGUGUCGUCGACGGCUUUGUUGAAUGCGAGUUAUCAGCGCAGCAACGGCCCAACAAAAGAUGAAGUUUCCCUGUCAACAACACUUGAAGAGUGCUACACAUCAACAUCAGAAGCAGCAGCAGCAACAACAACAGCAGCAACAACAGCAACAAUGACCAAACAAUUGACAACAGCCACAGCAACCAAUGCGGCAUCGAGCAUAACCCAAACGGGGGAUUUGGCGCCCACAGUUAUAUCACCAACAGCCUCUACAACAAUCGAAACAGCAGGAGCAGGAGGAGCAGGUCCAGGACCUGCAGCUGGCACACCUUCCACUCUGACAGUUGAAGCGACAAAGAGUUUGACACAAGCAACAGCAACAUCACCAUCUUCAGGUGCAACCAUAAGUAACGAUGCCAGCGGUCGUUCGGCAGCUCUGGAGCGUGCCUACGUCCACGAUGUGUACGAGCACUGCGAGGAGCCCACGGGCCCAGUGCGGCCACGUAUGGCGCACUUUCUGAGCAACCUGGAACCGGGCUCCGUGGUGUGCGACGUGGGCUGUGGCAGCGGACGCUACCUCACACAGUGCAAUCCGGCAAUUUGCACAAUUGGCGUGGAGCGGUGUUACCGUCUGAGCAAAGUGGCCCACGAGAAGGGCGGAGAGGUGGCUCUGUGCGACAAUCUGGAGUUGCCGUUCCGCGAUGAUAGCUUCGAUGCCGUGCUCUCCCUGGCCGUGGUGCACCACUUUGCUACGACCGAGAGACGCGUCCAGGCCCUCAGGGAGCUGGCCAGGAUACUGAGAAUUGGCGGCCGUGUGGUCAUAACUGUGUGGGCGCUGGAGCAGCGUCAUCGUCGCUUUGAGUCGCAGGAUGUGCUCAUACCGUGGCAGCCACCCAAGAAUCGCAAUUAUUCGUAUUCUGAUGAAGAGGACGAUGACAACUGUCAGCCGCCCUAUCACGCCUACACGGAGGACUCGACGAACUCCAGCCGCUCGGCAGGAGAUGGCGACAGUUCCAGUCUCAGUUCAUCUUCGCCCGGGGAGUCCUGCUACAGUUUCGUUCGACGAGCCAUUCAGAAACUGGCCCGUGGACGUCGUCAUGCCUGGUUCAUGGACUCGUGGUCUUCCAAGGACACCAAAAACGACAGUAGCCUGGACUAUGAGGAUGCCAAGGAUCUGCCCAUCGAACUGCGUCGCUUGGAGGACUUUGAAGACUUUCCGCCGGAUCCACCUCUGUCCGCCGGCCUCAAGUCCCGCAGCUUGGGCAGCAUUCUGCAGCCGCCGCCCCGGCAGAUUGUCCGCUCCCGCUCGAGUGUGCCCAGCCUCGGGGGUCCCCUAAUUCCGGGUGAGACAAAGGCCAGUGCGGCCGCUCUCCUGCUCAACGCUCCCGAGGGACAACAGAUCAAUGGCCGGCACUCUCCGACUGCCACCGCCAGUGCGGGCAACACGCUCAGUCGCCGGCCCAAGCUCAUCAAGCAGAAGCAGUCGCUCUGCGAGGAAGAUGCUCCGUCCGACCCAUCUACGCCCCCUACCUCAGAGGCGUUACAAAUGAUGAGCAGCUACAACAGCUCCAACGGGGGAGUCAGCAGUAGCCUGUACACGCGAAGCGGCUGCUAUGCCUCCAACUUCCACCAGCACGCCUCGUCGGUGGCCUCUCCCCCGACAGCAACUAAAGGAACGCCAGCGGGAGUGGGACCUGGAGGCAGUGCCGCCGGUCUGCGCAAGCAGAGCUCCCUCAAUGAGGAGCUGAUGGCCUGCAACCGGCUGCGGGAGAAGGAACGGGUGCGAAAGCGCAUCCAGAAGCAGACCUCCCUGAACGAGGCCUUCCUCUGUCGCUCGGCCAUGUUCUCCAAGCGGCUGCAGGUGAUCCGCGAGGGAUUCACCACCAAGAUCAAGAGCUCUACGGGCAGCCUGGAGCGGGUGACCAAGACAGGCAUCAACAAGCUGAUCCAGAACAUCAAGAGUGCGCCCCAGACGCCCUCGAAUCCGGUCCAGACCCCAGCUCCGGCGGAUAAGACUGCCACAAACAACAAUAACAAGCAGGCCACAGUGCCGGCAGGGACAGGGCAUCAGCACCACCAUCAUCAUCAUCACCACCAUCUACAGCACCACCUGUCGCACCUGAUUCUGUCGAACACGGCCACAUCUCCUGCACCCGGACCCGCAGCCGGUCCUGUGACGUACUGCAGCAGCGUGGACUGCAGCCUGGGGAACAUCUGCCACUGCAGCCAGUACCAGCAGGAGUGCUUCGCCUGUGCGGACAGUGAGCAGGCCAAGGCCAGACGACACUCCCGCGAAUCCGGCUCGGAUUCCUCCAAGGACAGCAGCCUCCAGUCGGAUACGAGCAUCGAGUCCGAAGACAGCUUCGCCUCGGUCAUCUUCAUACCGAAGCCGGAGCAGCACCAGCAGCAGCUGAACUACCAGCAGCAGCACCAGAACUCCAAUUCCAGCUCGAGCAAUUCCUCCUCCAGCAACGGAAAAGUCGUGAGUGGGGGGACAACUGGAGCUGCUCACCCACAAGGUACCACCCAUCCCAACUUCCGACUGCCGCCCACUCACUCUGUGCCAACAUCUCCGCUGAUUAUGCCCUGCCCUCCGACUCCGGCGCACUCCCCGGCCGCCAUACAGGGAGCAGUGACGUCGCCUCCACAGUCCACAGCCGCUGUGUCGGCGGCCAUGGCCAUACUGACGCCUCCCACGAAGCCGGCACGCUUCAGCUUCGACGAGGCCCACAUCAAGCAGCAGAAGGAGCAGCAGAAGGAGCAGCAGAAGGAGCAGCAGAAGGAGCAGCAGGUACAGCCUCAGCCGCAGCCGCAGCCCAAGCCUCAGCUGCCGACCCACACGGUCCACAAAAUCACGCGUCAGACAAUCAGGGACCUGCCGCCGAUACCCAAGUUCCGGAAGCAACAAUCCCUGCAACUGCAACGCCAGAAUUUUCCGAUUGUGAGGCGAGCCUCUGGAUCGGGUGUGUCCACAUCUGCCUCUGCCCAUUCGCUGGCUAGCAGGUUGCUCUCUCUGGAGCUCUUCAAUCCGGCCACUGAUGACCUGGACAGCGACUCCAGUGAGCCCUCCUCGCCGGACUCAAUUGACAGCGUCAUCAGUGCCCCUCGCUCGGCAAAGAUCGCAACUGGCAGUGGCGGCGAUGGGGGAGAUGCCUCCACAUCCGCCUCCCAGGACGAGGGAGAGCGUGAGCCCAGCCUGGCCCAGUUAAUCAGUCGGCAACAGGAGCAGUACCACAAGGGAGAGCUGCAGAUCAAUAAUGCUGUGCCCAAUGCCAACGACGACAUCAUUCUCAAUGCGGACAGUGCUACGCUGCUGCCGGAGAAGCGGGAGUCGGGCCAGACGCAGGAUUGCGCCGAGUUCGCCGAGCAGUUGACGGCCCAGCUGCAGCGGGAGCUGGAGGACAAGAGCAAUCGGGCCGAGUGCCGGUCCCUGGAUGGGAUCGGAGAUCUCUCCGAGUACUUGGGCGGCGCCAAGAAGCGCUCGAAUGGCGAACUGAGUGCUUUCAGGGAUGAGCUCCGAGAGCGUCGCUUGAUGCUGGUCAAUCUUUCGACGCAGCCCAGCCUGCAGCAGUCACCCAUUUCCUCCUCCACCUCCUCGCUCUCGUCACAGACCCGCAGCUUCACCAUCCAAGAGGAAGAUGGCGAAGAGGAAGAGGAGGAGGAGAAUGAGUCCAGCUAUUCGCUGGGCAUCUACGAGCACUGCAAGAUCUCCAAGUUCAACUACAAACGGAAUCGCCACUACCAGCUCAACCCAGAGACAGCGUACCUCCUCCAGGACGAUGGCGACAGCGAUGUGCGCGAUGACGAGGACGACGUCAUUCCGGAAGAGGAGGAGGACGAAGAUGCCGAGGCGCUCGAGGCUCGUGGCGGGGACCAGCUGGGCGAGGGUAUAGGCGCCUCAAUGCACGACUACGGACAACGGCGCCGCAACAUGGCGGCCAUGAAGCAGAGCACGCCCAGCACCCCCUCGCCAGUGUGCGCAAACCCUUCGGCAACACAGCAACAGCAGCAGGCACCGUUCCAGCAGCGUAAUUCCACCGACUCGAUGGAGCACUCAAACAGCUCCACAAACUCGCUGGACAGCCCCUCACAGGGCGGGUCGAGCACGCACCAUCGCUACUAUCACGUGUUCCGCGAGGGCGAGCUGGACGCGCUGAUCAACCACCAUGUGGCCAGUCUGCACAUCGUGAGCUCCUACUACGAACGGGCCAGCUGGUGCGUGGUGGCCGAAAAGGUUCAGGUGUGGACCAUUUAAACUUCUCCUCAAAAAAAAACAAACCCCAAUUGAGUCUCUGAUGCCCCCAAAGGAAUUGUUAAAUUUAGUCUCUUACUCUAGUAAACAAAUUUGAAGAGGGGAAACCCCACGAAAAGCUAGCACUAAUUUAUCGGAAGGCAGCUCGCCCUUUUCAGAGUUGCCAAGCCUGCUCAAGAACGGCAGGGUAGCACUGCAUUGAAAUCAAAUUUCAAAAGAAAACCAAAACCCACUUAGCUGUAAGCCAAAAAUCGAGUACGAAACAACGCAAAAUAAACAGAAAAAAUACUAUAUACAUAUAGAUUCAUAUAGGGAUCUUACAACAUCUAUAAUCUAUUUACAACGAGCAUCAGUUUGCGCUAUCUUCGGACUCAGUUCUCGAGCACUUUUAGCACGAUAUUAUUUCCGAUCAUCAAACGUCCAUUCGAAACUUGACAUACCUAUACAGAACGCUAUAUACGUAUACAGGAUAUAAACUCGAAAGAAAGAAUGUAAUGUACCCAUCUAACCGAUACAAGGAUUAUAGAACCCCAUAACUAACAAAUAUCAAUACCUGCAUUUAAAAAAAAAGAAACCCUUUUCAUAUAAUCAAUGCAAAAGAAAUCAAAUCAAAAGAAGAACAAAAUACUCUAACUCAUACUCGUAAAUCUGCAACGCCUACCAGAUAUCACUCUACCACUCUAUUCCAAUAAUAUUUUCAAUGUAUUUUUCAUACACUCUGUUGAGUUUCUUUGAUUAGAAGUAAUAAAAACCAACACACACUUCCCAAAACGGCCAAUAAACACAAAUGUAAUAUAAGCUUAUGCCUAAAUUAAAAUUUUUUGUCUUCUUAAGUGCUGUUAUUUGAAAAAUAA